AUGCCGGGGGAGAGGGGUGACGAGGGCGGAGGCGGAGGCGAGGGCGAGGAUGACGGCGGCCGCCACGGCAAGGGUGAAGUGCGCAGUGUGUUCGGGGGGCGUUUGCUCAUCCACGUUACCCGACGACGUGGCCAGCGCUACGGGCCACGACAAGUGUCAUUGUCUCUUGUGACCUACGUUUUGUUUGUGUGUGCUGCUCUCGAGGAUUAUCAUGUGCUGAGCGUGGAGGAGCUUGUGGCUGCGGAGCGUCUCCUUAGCACGAACACAUCGCGAACCAUGGCGGCCAUUUCCUUGGGCUUCAUCGUCAUGGUGACGCCGUGGACCAUCCAGGAGGUGGUGGCUGCGUGCACGGGGUCCAAGGUACCGCCAUUUCUGGACUUCUUGGCGACGUGGCUGGCGCUGAGCAACAGCUUCUGGAACCCUUUCCUGUACUGGCUGCUCAACAGCCAGUUCCGACUCGCCUGCAGGGAGAUGAUUGUGGAUAGGGUGCUGUGCCGGCGCCGCGAGCGGUCCAAGUCGCAGUGCUGCGGGGGC